GGUGGGUUUGGGCUGUUCGUCAAUGGAACUGAUUUAGACAAGCCUGGAAAAUCUGAACAAAGACCAUCUUUGAUAGGAGACUUUGCUUUGAUCAUGGCGGUUGCAGAGAAUGCUGGGACGAAAAUUGGGUCAUCGGAUCAAAAUUUGGAAACUACUGUAGUUUCAUCGGACUCGAAUGCGCAGGAGGAUCUCGAAAAAUCCAAGCUCAGGAGUGAUUCCAUUGCUCAGAGUAAGGAAGGGAGCUUUCAAGGGUCUGAUAAUGAUCAAAACUCCAACUCCAAGUAUCAGCAACAAGAGAGAGCAGCAGCUACGGUCAAAACCAGUAAUGGGAACACUCAGGAGUUAAAUGGGUGUGACAGGAAUCAGCAUGGGGUGCUAAAGUCUGGUGGGUUUAAUGGGACUAAUCAGAGGUCUAAUGGGGUUGGGAAUUUGGAGAGUGGAGACGAUCAGCAAUUCAAGAAUGAUAUGAGGGAUUUAGUUGACAUUCUGUCAAAGUUAAACCCCAUGGCUGAGGAAUUUGUGCCUCCAUCGAUUGCCAAUCUCCAGUUUCAUCAUCCCCAUCCACUUCUAAAUGAUAACCACUUUCAAAACCAAAAUCAAAGCUUUUUGGGAAAUGGAUUUGGAUAUACUAACAAUUUUGUCGUGCACGCUAAUUCUGGCAACGGAAAUGGGCUUGCUAAUAGAAGGAGGAGGAAUGGUUAUAGCCAAGGGAAGCGAAGAAUGAACAACAGAACAAGCAUGGCACAGCGAGAGGAGGCCAUUAGGAAGACUGUUUAUGUAUCAGACAUUGAUCAUCAGGUUACUGAGGAGCAACUUGCAGGUCUCUUUCUUAGUUGUGGACAGGUUGUUGAUUGUCGUAUAUGUGGUGAUCCUAACUCUGUCCUCCGUUUUGCCUUCAUUGAGUUUUAUGAUGAAGAGAGUGCAAGGGCUGCUUUGAAUCUGUCUGGGACUAUGCUUGGAUUUUACCCUGUAAGAGUGCUGCCUUCUAAAACUGCAAUUGCUCCUGUUAACCCAACCUUCUUGCCAAGGUCUGAAGAUGAACGUGAGAUGUGCUCAAGAACUAUAUAUUGUACAAACAUUGACAAGAAGGUUACUCAAGCAGAUGUCAAGCUCUUCUUUGAAUCAUUCUGUGGCGAGGUUCAACGCUUGAGGCUACUUGGAGAUUAUCAUCAUUCAACUCGUAUUGCUUUUGUUGAGUUCACAAUGGUAAACACCCAUGACCUAAUUUGAUAUGCUAAAUGUUUGGCACUCAUGUGCUGUACUUAAGUUCUAUCUAGUUGCUAUAUUUAUUCUUUGCUUCUUUCCUGCUUACUUUAAGCUCUUACUUUGGUCAAGUAUGCAUAUUUCUUCCUGGCAUUUCAACCUUUACAGAGAUGUAUUUUUCAGUUUUGCAUAAGAUCUUGUUUCUUAUUCAACUCUAAUCAUAUUUCCU